GCCGCGCGUUGGGGCCGCGGUGCAGCGCUCGCUAUUAGAAGAAGAGUAGAUGCAAGACUCGUGAACUCCACUUCUGAAGAGUAGCCUUUCCAAUGGAUGGCUUUUGUUACCUGCAGACAUUCGGCAAUGAUGAGGACCGGCCCGGGGCGCAGUGCCGUUCUGAGCAAAAGAAGUGUUUUUCUGAUGAAGAUACUUUGUUUCCUUUUUGCAGUUGUGUGGUUUUGUGAGUUUUUGGUUUACUAUGUUGUUAUAAUACAGUGCAGCUGGCCCAAAAUCACUGGCACCCUAGAUCAGGAACACAAAUCUGCGCUAAAGGUUAUUUUUUUAUCCGACACGCAUCUCCUCGGAGCAAUCAGAGGACACUGGUUUGAUAAACUGAGAAGGGAAUGGCAAAUGGAAAGAUCAUAUCAGAGCGCUCUAUGGUUAUUGCAGCCAGACAUUGUUUUCAUUCUAGGAGACUUAUUUGAUGAGGGAAAGUGGAGCAAUUCAAAGGCAUGGGAUGAAGACGUUGAGCGAUUUCACCGGAUGUUCAGACACCCUUCACAUACGGAGCUUAUAGUUGUUGUAGGGAAUCACGACAUUGGAUUUCAUUACGAAAUGACUAUUCACAAGCUGAACAGAUUUGAAAGGGCUUUCAAUCUUACAUCAGGAGAAGUAUUGUCUCGGAAAGGUGUAAACUUUGUCCUGGUCAACAGUGUGGCUCUGGAGGGGGAUAAUUGUGUGAUUUGUAGAGCAGCAGAAAGUCAGAUCUUUGAGGUUUCUCGCAAGCUGAACUGCUCCAGAAUGACAGAUGAUGCAGAUUUAAGGAAGAACUGCAGAGGUGUUGAGCGGCUUCCUCCAUCAGCGCCCAUCCUUUUACAGCACUAUCCUUUGUAUCGGGAAAGUGACUCCAGUUGCACCGGGGAAGAUUCCGCCUCUCUGGAGGAAAAGAGAGUCCUCUUUAUGGAAAAAUACGACGUGCUCUCAAAAGACGCGUCUGAAAAGUUACUGAGGCUGCUGCGGCCAAGGUUGAUCUUGAGCGGCCACACGCACAGCGCCUGUGAAGUGUUACACCGAGGGAGAAUCCCCGAGAUCAGCGUGCCUUCCUUCAGCUGGCGGAACAGGAAUAACCCGAGCUUCAUCAUGGGCACCAUCACUGCUACAGAAUUUGCUCUUGAGAAAUGCUUCCUCCCAGAAGAGAAUACAGUUGUCUGGAUUUACAGCUUGGCGGGUAUACUCGUUCUUCUCUACUUAAUGGAUCAUCUUCGGACAUUUACCCUUCUGCGAACAUUCUCCAGGGCAAAGCACAAACCGGUGUAACACACAGAACAGAGCACUUUGGGGAAAAAAACGAGAUACAUUCUGUUUCCACAAAGAAAAGCCUUCUUUUAUACUUCUCUCUAGAAUAGACCAGUACGUUUUACCAAAUAUAUAUUUAUUAAAUGAUGUACCUGUACAA